CGAUACUGUGACUGUUUUCAAUCUAUCAGCAUUUCACUUAUAGGCUACUAAUCAUUAACAGAUAUAUAAUUAAAAUAUAUGUACUGUGAAUGAUACAGUAAUGUGUGUGGUUAUUCAGAGCACUACGUUCUUUUGUGGGUGUUUAUUAUGUAACUUUAUAUAACCCUUUGUAAAUAUUCACAGCAUUAUUUGAUUACAGAGGUCUGCCUCAUGACAGGUGAAAGAGAGCAGGUACACGGGGUUUUAACCCGCGCCCUGUCAUCAGUUCGCCAAGCGGAAUCUGAAUUGAGGUCUCAUACAACUGACGAUAUAGAUGAUUUUGAUGCAGCCUCUUUUGUCAGUGAAACAAGGGCCUUGUUUAGAAGUAGAUCUGUGGACUCAUCACAAAGGACAGGAAAGACAGGCAGAAAAAAAGGACGGCAAAGGGGACAUUUAUGGAAGACUCAUUUUUUCUUACUGCAAAAGAACAAUGAAGAAUUUGUACCACCACCGUCUGAACUAUCAAGACUGACAAGAAAUGGAUUAGGAGUUCCUAAAUGUGAACAACCUGCUACCAAUGAAAGAUAUGGUUCAAAAUCUACUGUUCAGCGAAGCUGGAGUUUAAGACAGUUAGAGAAUUUUGUGCAAGAUAGUUUUCCUGACGUUCCUUUGCAUCUAACUGGCUUUACCUUUGCAAAGGCAGAGAAGGGUCGGCGUCUUAGUAAGCUAAACAUAACGUCUGCAGCUGACCUACAAACCAAGAUAGGAAAAGGAAAGAUUUUUAUAGUUCCUAAUCGUGAUAUACCAUUGCCAAUUGAGAGAACAGAAGGAAGGAUGUUAAAUGAAAGCCGUCAAGUAACAGCAGGAAGCAAUGCAUCAGUGACCCAAUUGCAAGUUCAGGAGCAGGUGCAUAUACAAGAAUUGUCAAAUGGAAAUAUUGGUACAAGGACUUCAGAAAAUCCCAUUGUAGAAGACUACCACCAAAGAGAAAAUGAGGUUAUGCAACAACAUGCUACCAAUGCAAUGGCUGAUCUUCUAGAAAAUGAAACAUCAGAAAACAUCCCACAAAGGGCAGCUGAAACUGAGAUUCUGGACAUUGAGCAACUAUUUCAGGCUGAUAGCUUCGAAAAUGAACUGAUUGCAGCUGGCCAAUCACAGUUUCAAUUAUCAGAAUGGACUACUCAUCCAUCAACGCCUCCACCACUACCUUUCUCAUGUAAAUGCUGACACACCAACAGUUCAGCUCCACCAGUCUCUUUUGGGAGAAAAGGAGCAGGAGCUUGAAAGAGCUUUCUCUGAUCUAGAUGUGUUAUUGGAAGAAGAAGUUACAGUUGAAGUUAAAAGACACACUGUUUAGAAGAUGUACAAAGAAUUUACAGUAAUCAAAGUAUCAUCAAUAAACGUUUACAUGUUAACUUUAUUGGGGAAGAGGGAGAUGACUUUGGUGGGUUAACAAAAGAUCUUUUUUCUUCUUUUUGGAACAGUGCUUUCAUUCAGUGGUUUAAAGGUGAGGAUGCUCUUGUCCCAUGUAUACCAGUAAAUCAAUAUGCCAAAGCGCAGGACAUUUUUUCUGUUGUUGGUAACGUUUUGUCACAUAUGUGUCAGCUUAAUCAUUGCGUGCCACCCAGAUUUUGUAGAUCAACACUGCUAUCUGUUGUGUUUAAUACCUCUAUGAUUGAUAGUAGAACACUGUUGGAUGACUUUAUGCUCCAUGUAACAGUACCUGAACGAACCUUGCUGCAAAAGGCUUUGAAUAGUUUUGAAAAACUAAGCAUUUCUGAAAAAUCUGACUUGCUGACCUUUUAUUCUGUGAAUGGCAUGCACACAGUUCCUUCAGCUAAAGAUUUUAGAGAGCAACUGGUUCUUGUAGCACAAAAUGAACUGGUAAUAAAACCAAUGUUCUUGAAUUGCUUUAUAAGGCAGGCUAUUCCAGAGUCUCAUAUGAGAGCAUUUUGGUCACAGUUAGAUACAGACUUAAUUUCGUACCUGUACUGGCAGGAGAUGCCUACUGCAGACCGUGUGUUGCAGUGUAUAACAACUUCUGAAAAAGACCUGAAACCUGAAGAAGAAGUUGCUUAUUACUAUUUACGUGACUUCAUCAAGUCAGUGGAUCAGGAUGAAAUGUCCAAAUUUCUGCAUUUUGUUACAGGAUCCCCAUUACUGCCAAAUGAUGGCAUUACAAUAGUAUUUAAUAGACUUUGUGGUAGCCUGAGGAGACCUAUUGCACACACUUGUAGCAAUACACUAGAAAUACCAGUAAGCUAUGCUUCAGUACAGGACUUCAAACGAGAAAUGAAAUCCAUUCUAAAUUCAGAGAAUGCAUUUAUAAUGACAAUGCUUUAAGGUAGUGGUUAGAAUCACAGCAGCUAUAUCUGAAGUCAAGUGAUGUGAAGAAUCAUUUGACAAGGGAUGUUUUUAUAUAAAAAAAUAUAUAUUUUACUUGUAAAUGCCCAACUACUUAAGCCUGCUUCUUUCAUAAUGAUUUGUAAAGCCUUGAUAGCAUGACUUCCCAGGAACACCACAGCGUAAAGCCUGUAAAAAAUGGAGGGUCAGCAAUCAGUUGAGAUAAAAUUUAUAGUUUUCUGUUCCAAUUCCCUUUUAAUCCAUUCCAAUUACUUUUAUGACAUAGGC